AUGAAAAAAGAAGUCUUAUUACUGCUCUUAAUUAAACUGUUACAAGCUGAUUCUAACUCUGACUUGGAAAAGCGUUGCCAAGAUGAACCUGGUUUAGGCGACGAAACCAUCCAAGCAAACUCACCAUCUUCUGAUCAACCACCCAACCAGCCAGAUAAUAAGGAGAAGCGCCGUAAAAAAAGGAAGAGUAAGAAAUCUAAACCAAAUGUGCCAGAUUUAACUGCUGAUCAUUCUACGGACGUGGCUGCUGCUCCCUCUGAGGUCGCUGUUUCUGCCACAUCUGAGACCGCCACUUCUGCCACCUCUGAGGCCACC